AUGUCAGAAGCGCCCGGACUUUAUUGUAAGAAGUGAAACGCGUCAAGGCUGUAUUCUUCCUUUCGCCUCUCCACCAACGUCUCGCGUGCCUUUCAUCCUUGCCGUUGAUUAUCCAUUGUAAAUUGUUCUGUGGCACAAUUGACGAACCCUGUUGCCCGGAUUACUCGUAAAGUUCUUCAAGGACAAAGGAUCUAGCCGAGCGAUUGGUGAUAAGACACGCCGGCCAGGCGUGCAUCGCAGCUUUGCCCCUCCUCGAAAUUUUUGCCUUCCAACUUCCAUCAUAUACCCAUUUUCUAGCCUCUUUCCUCACGAAAAUAACGAACAAUGGAUUUGCAGACGCUAUCCAAUCUCUUUGCGACGACCUAUAACCCUGAUCCCAAUGUUCAAAAGGCUGGAGAGCUGCAAAUACGCAAGAUUGGUGGCCAGGAGGGCAUGAUUGCAGCUCUAUUGCAAAUCAUUGUCAACGACAGUGUCGACCUUGCAACUCGUCAGGCUAGCGCAGUCUACCUCAAGAACCGCGUUUACACGUCGUAUUUCAUUGAUAGUGUCACAAGAGCGGAUCAGACACCCAUUGCGACUUCAGACCGUGAUGCUCUGAAGGCAUCUCUCCUUCAUCUUAUAGCUGUUUCCCCUUCCCGCAGCAUCACAUUGCAGCUGGCAAAUACACUCAAAAAUAUCGUCGCCCGGGAUUUCCCAGAACGAUGGCCAACGUUGCUGGACGACGUCAAGAGACUUCUUGCAAGCAGUAAUAUUCGAGAGGUGGCAGCAGGAUGUGUUGCGGCGUUGGAGGUUAUCAGAGCAUUCCGUUUCCGACAACAGGCUGAUGUCCUUCCUCACCUCGUCGCGGAGCUUAUGCCCACGCUGGUUAAUAUCGCCUCGAACCUUCUGCAAACGCCGCCGGCAAAUGCAUCACAGGAAAUUCCAAUGAUGCUUCACUACAUUCUCAAGGCCUACAAAACGAGCAUCGUUCUACAGCUGAGUAAACAUCAACAAAGUCCGGAGAGCCUUGUUCCCUGGGGAAGUCUGCUAUUUCGCGUGGUCAACUUGCAGAUACCCAAGGAUGCCGUCCCGGAAGACGAAGACGAGCGCGAACGGAGCGAGUGGUGGAAAGCGAAGAAGUGGGCGUACGGUAUCCUUGGCCGCCUCUUCCAUAGGUUCGGUAACCCUUCUCAGCUGCCGAGUUCCAUGCAGGAGGAGUAUGGUGAUUUUGCGCGACAUUUCGUGGAAACGUUUGCGCCCGAAAUCUUCAAGGUGUACUUGCAGCAAAUCGAAAUGUAUGUCUCCGGUCAGGUGUGGUUGUCCAAGAAGUGCCAGUACCUGAUUUUCACGUUCUUCACUGAAUGUGUCAAGCCGAAGUCCACCUGGGCUCUGCUCAAACCGCAUUACGAGAGCUUGGUUCAGUCCUAUGUCUUCCCUCAACUCACUUUCAACGCCACUAAGGAGGAGCUCUGGAAUUCUGACCCCGCCGACUACAUCCGCAUGUCUGUCGACGAAUACGAGACCUAUGACACACCCGUCUCAGCUGCGACGACCUUCCUGCUUUCGCUCGCUGGCAGUCGUACCAAAGCUACCUUCAUGCCUAUUCUCAGCUUCAUCAACCGCGUCUUGCAAUCAAAACCUGCAGCACCCCAACGAUUUGGUGCCCUCAACAUGACAAGUGCUCUAGGACAUCUGAUCAUGCGUCAUCCGGACGUCAAGGGUAACAUGGAGCAAUUCUUAAGCCAACACGUUUUGCCCGAGUUUAGUACGCCAGAGCCGUACAUGCGUGCGAUCGCGUGUGAGGUCCUGGGCACUGUUGAGAAAUCCGGCUUGCAAUGGUCGAAUGAGCAGUCCUUGAAAGCUCACUUUGACGGAAUCGCAGCCUGUUUGAACGAUACAGAACUUCCUGUUCGUGUUCACGCUGCCCUUGCUCUUGCAGAGAUGAUCACCGUUCACGACUCUGUCAAGGCUGCUGUGGCGCCUCAAGUCAGCUCGGUUAUUCAGACGCUCUUGAAGCUUUCUGAAGAGACUGAUUUGGAUAUCCUGAACAACUGCAUGGAGACGAUGGUUGAGCAGUACCAGACCGAACUUCUUCCAGUCGCGGCAGAGCUCACUGCUCGUUUAUGCGAGACUUACACCCGUCUUGCUCGUGAAAGUGUCUCAGCGGAUGACAUCACCACGGCAACUGAUCUCGAUUCGCUUAUGACUCAAGAGGGAGAGGAUAAGACCUUCGCUGCUAUGGGUGUGUCUAAAACCAUUAGCACGAUCAUCUCUUCGGUCGAGUCUUCACCUGAGAUCCUCGCUCAAGUUCAAGAGAUUGUUAUUCCCAUCAUCGUGCUCACUCUCGAGAACAAGCUUAUUGAUCUUUAUGACAAUAUGUAUGACCUCGUUGAUGCAUUGACCUACAAGUCGCGGAGCAUCUCCCCAAGUAUGUGGCCGGUCUUCGAGCUCACUUACAAGCUCUUCAAGUCUGAGGCUGUCGAUUUCUUGGACGAGAUGUUGCCCUCCCUCGACAAUUUCAUCUCCUUUGGACCGGAUGUCUUCAAGGCCCAUCCUGAAUAUAUCAAGAUGAUCGUGGAUAUCUUCGUUACUGCUCUCACCAGCGAUCAAUUGGGUGAAAACGAUGGGGUAAACGGAUGCAAGUUGGCUGAAUCGCUGCUCUUGAACUUGCGCGGCCAUUGUGACGAUUCCCUUCAAAUCAUCAUUGAAACCGCGUGGCGCGUACAAGACAACAUUUCAACUAAAGCACUUGCACUCGCCAACCUUGAAGUUCUCAUCAAUGCUGUCCUUUACAACCCUGCGGCAGCACUUCAUAUCAUGGAGAAUAUCCAACCCGGUGCCUCACGUACAUUCUUCAACAAGUGGUUCCAAACAAUCAACAAAUCCGAUGGUUUGCCUCGCGUGCACGACAAGAAGCUGUGCAUUAUGGCGCUGUCUGCGUUGUUGGAACUGGAGCCUUCCGCCGUACCUCAGGCGGUCAAGGAGGGCUGGCCUCUUAUCGUCGGCGGUACUCUGCAUGUGUUCAAGGAAUUGCCGAAGGCUAUCGAAGCCCGCCAAAAACUCGAGCAAGACUAUAAUAACGAAUCUGACGAGGAUGACAUUAUCGAUGACUCUCUUCUUAACUUGAAUGAGGACGAGGAGGACGUAUGGGAUCAGGAUUCUGCUUAUCUCGAGAUGUUGGCUAACGAGGGUGCCCGCCUUCGCGCAAAAUCGGAUAAGCUGGCAAAUGGAGAGGAAGAGGAGGAUUCUGACGAAGAUGAUGAGUCCGAGGUCGCUGAGGAACUUGGAUACCUCAGUCCCCUGGACAACGUUGACCCCUACGUCUCUUUCAAGCACGCUUUGACCGGUAGGUUCCUUAAACCAUGCUGUUUGAGAGCUCCCGAUGAUCUUAUCCCUUCUAGCAUUCCAAAUGAAGAACCCGCAGGACUAUCAAGUCGCGACCACCUCCCUCUCAGCAGAAGACCAGACUGUUCUUAUGGAAGUGAUGCGUAUCGCCGAGCAACAUCAGCCUACUGCCCAACCUUAGAUGUGUUCUUCCAAUUCUUCAUUUCGCUUACCUGUGACUUUCCUCCAAUUGUUCCUCCGUAGUUUGUAGUUGUUCAUCGCUUUGUCUUUUGCCCUCUGUCCAACGUCUGUGUGCUCGUCGUGUGUUUCGUCUGUUCAGUUCCGUCCUCUUGUUCUAAUGUCCCGCGUUUAACACUCAUGAAUUCACCUCCACUACACCCAUUCGUCAAUCACGCUCACCAUAACCUUAUGUUUCUUUUGAUGAAAUGCUCCCUAUAGCACUUUGUAAUCGCCCCUUCGAAUUGGGAUUGUCGAGGUAUCUGCAUGUUCUGAGAUAUUUGUCGUUUGUCUAUUGUCCGUUACGUUGAUAGAUUGCCAAGUAAUAAAUGUCCCUUCUAUCAAGGUC